AUGUUUUCGACCUAUAUUAUUUGUUUCGCAAAUCGUCGUCAUCAUCGGCAACAUUUAGAAAUCUAUUGGAAUUCGUCAAAUGUAAUUUUUCAUUCAUCCGGUUUUUUCACUGUUUAUCUAGGAGAUUCAAUUGAUUUUAUUUGCCCCUAUUAUGAAAAUGAAUAUGCUAGUGUUGAUAUUGAAUAUAAUACACUUUAUCUUGUGAAUGAAAAUGAUUAUUAUAAUUGUAAUACAAUAAAUUAUAGUUCAUUAAUAAAAUGUAAUAAACCAUUUGAUAUGCAACGAUUAAUUUAUACAUUAUCAAUAUCAAAAUAUUUGCCUUAUCCGAACUUACCGGAAUUUACCGAAGGACAUUUUUAUUAUUUUAUUUCGACAUCAUCCGGUCAAUUAUCUGGUAUUGAUCAACGUGAUGAUGGUUUAUGUCAUAGGAAAAAUAUGAAAUUGAUCAUUAAUGUACAAAAAUAUUAUCGACACUAUCAUCAAGAACAUCGACGUUUAACAAAACCUACAGUAGCGAAACGAACAAAUAUAACUUUUAUCGAUUCAGAUCAACAAUAUCUUUUUCUCUCAUCAUUAUCUUCAAGUACUAGUCAAAAUUUUUAUUUGACUUUUCUGUUGUUUGCGUUUUGUUUACGGGCUAAAUCGAAAACUUAA